AUGGAUUUAUCAUUUAUUAAAAAUCCUGAAUUAACGUUCAUAAUAAGUGACAAUGAUGUACUUAAGUUCGACAAGAAGAAGCUAGAGACCAAAAACAAACAGUAUUUGAUAGAAUUCAGCAAUGAUGAACUGGAAAUUCUGAAAAAAUUAAGUGAUGUAAAAUGUAAGGAACCAGAAAGUGAUGAAAUAUCGAAGAAAUCACCAAAGAAGCAUCGAGGCAAGAAGAAGGAAGUAACACUAAGUGAAUUAAAGUCGAUUAAAAGCCAAUUAGGAGAUGAUAAGUAUUUGUGUGAUGUUCUGGAUAAAAUCGAAGUAAAACUUCCAGAAAAUGAAAUUGUUGAGCGAAAUCCUGAAUUAGAGGCACGGAUUCAACGGCUAAAAGCACAACAGUCUAAUCUGGAAUAUAAUAACAUGACAAAAAAUGUUGAUGGCAGGCGAAAAGCAGUUGAGCCAACAGAAUCAAUUGCAUAUCAAAUGAAACAGAUUAAUCGUCAGUUAAUAGCUGUAGCUCAAUUCAUUUUCUCCGUCGUGUCUGGAUUCUUCUUUGGUUUUAUUGGCAUUGAACUCAUUAUUGGUGAUUUAGACUUUGGAUUCCGACUUCUUUUGGGUAUUAUCUGUGCAUUAGUCAUCGCCUUAGCCGAAAUUUAUUUCUUAGCAAAAAAGCUUAUCGAGGAAGAGCGUGAGGAUGAAAAAGCAAAAAUUGUGGAAGUAAAGCCGAUAAAAGUUGAGACGCCCAUUAAAGAUGCAAAGGAAAAGAAGACAGACUAG